AAGGUCAAGAAUCGAUGGCCGCGGAAGGCACGGAUUUACUGCAGCAAGAAAGGCUCUCGCUUUGUAGUACAAACUAAUACUACUACCAAACAACUUAACUAAUCUGAGAUGGCACCUGUACUCUGUACGCUGCCGACAACACAUUAAACAUUACAAUGAGCUAUUGUAUUGUUUGUUUCUCUGAGACUCAGUCAACACUAUAGGCUAGCCUUCGUUAGCUGACUAGCAGCUGCAUUGUUGUUGUUUUGGCUUCAUUCGGCAGCCAUAUAAACAAUAUUCUCCGAGGUUCCCCAGCGGAGGCAGGGGUCCGGACUGAGUGAUGUUUUUCUGUCCGUCCCGGGAAGAUGGAUGAGAAGUCCAACAGCAGCCACCACCGGCUCGUGAUCGUCCUGCUCAUGGUGGUACUCUUUGGCGUCAUUAUGAUCCAGUAUGUGUGCCCGAGCAGGUCUGAGUGCCAGAUGCUACACCAGCUGGGAUCCUGGUUUAAGGACGGCAGUGCAACUGGUCCCCGGAGCCGUGGGAACGAAAUCCAAGGCGGCCUCCAAAAAGAUCCGUACAUUGCAGAAGACGGCGCUCUGGUUCGCUUUGUCCCUCGCUUCAACUUCACCAAAGCCGAUUUAAAUCGUGUCGUGGACUUCAACAUCAAAGGGGAUGAUGUUAUAGUUUUUCUGCACAUUCAAAAAACGGGUGGCACGACGUUUGGUCGACACCUGGUGCGGAAUAUUCAGCUGGAGAGGCCCUGCGAGUGUCACGCAGGUCAAAAGAAAUGCACCUGUUUCCGACCAGGUAAAAAGGAAACCUGGCUCUUUUCCCGUUUCUCCACCGGCUGGAGCUGCGGGCUUCAUGCGGACUGGACCGAGCUGACCAGCUGCGUCCCGUCCCGCAUGGACUCACGCGAAGUUCCCGAUAACCUGCCCAGUAGGAACUAUUAUUAUAUAACCAUCUUGAGAGACCCAGUAUCACGCUACCUGAGCGAGUGGCGGCAUGUGCAACGUGGUGCUACAUGGAAGGCCUCCUUACACGUGUGUGAUGGACGUUCACCGACCCUGUCUGAGCUGCCGAGCUGCUACUCGGGAGACGACUGGUCAGGUUGCUCCCUGCAGGAGUUCAUGGACUGCCCCUUCAACCUGGCCAACAACCGACAGACCCGCAUGCUGGCUGAUCUCAGCCUGGUGGGUUGCUACAAUGUCUCCGCCAUGAGUGAGGAAGAGCGCUGGGCAGUACUCCUUGAGAGCGCCAAACGUAACCUACUCGGCAUGGCCUUCUUUGGGCUGACCGAGUACCAGCGUAAAACCCAGUAUCUGUUUGAGCGUAGCUUCAAUUUGGAGUUCAUCGCACCUUUCACACAGCUCAAUGGCACACGCGCCUCCACUGUUGAAGUACCCUCUGAGACACAACACAGAAUCCUUGAGUUGAACCGAUGGGACGUGGAGCUGUAUGAGUACGCCCGUGACCUUUUCUUGCAGCGUUUCCAGGUGGCGAGGCAGCAGGAGCGCAGGCAGGCCAGGGAGAGGCGGCAGCAGGAGAGGAGGCGACUCCGUGGAAGGCUCAUAACAAAGCAAGGGAGGCAGCUGAAGCCCACAGAAACACCCCGUCAGCCUGACAGACACUCUGUGGUAACUGAGGAGCAGCAGAGGGGGAAGGCUGACGGAGACAGUAUGGAGUCACAAGUGCUACUCCCAGAAUGGUGGGAUCUGGAUGAGAACGGCACCAUGGAGGAUUACAUGGACAAUGUUGAACAGUGGUAGUGAUGGGAACAAGCAGUAGGGCGUCUUAAUAUAAGUGUUCCAUGUUCUGCCUUGUCUGUUGUUAAUUAAUCCAAGUUAGUUUCAGUGAAUGCCUUCUACUAAAUUAUAUUAUUUUCUCACCAUGAACCGUUUUAAAUGACACAUUUAUUUAUUGAUACUGAUUGUAUUCUUUGCCACAACUGACAUUCAUAAAAUAUAAAUUUCCUUGGUAGAAAGAAAGGUGUAGGUAUGUGCGAUCCUAUAUCUUCGAUCACACAGGCCUUGUAAACUGUUCUCCUGACUUUUAAACACAUCUGAUCUCUUGUUAUGUAGCUUGGAAUGAGGGGAUAUUUAUUUUUCUUUGUUAAAAAGAACAAUGUAAUACCUGUUUCUAUAAAUAAUAUGCUACUGUUUGUGAUUCACAAUCUACAUGUUUGCCAAAUUGUUGUCUUUGUUGUCUGAAAUGUGUACAUUUGAAAAAUGUACCUGUGCUUUCAAGUGUCUUUUGAUCAACCGAAAAGGAGAAUGGAAUUUUCAUAGAUACCUCAAUGUUGUAAAAUUACUGAAUGUCUCCCAAGUCUCAUUUUUAUAUAAAAAAUAUUUUACAUUCACUUAA